AUGGAUUCUGCCUUGCUUGCCCAGCUUGCUGGGCACCUUUUGGCCCAGGCUCAGACGCAGCAGCAGCCGCAGCAAGGCACCAGCUGGCAAACUCCCAGCCCUGCUGCCUCUCAGUGGCAGAUGCCCACAACCACGCCGGCAGGGACACCGUCCUCCCAGACCACAACCACGUUUGCAGGGACGCCGUCCUCCCAGUGGCAGACGCCUGCAACUACGUCUGCAGGGACACCGUGCUCCCAGUGGCAGACGCCCGCAACCACGUCUGCAGGGCUACCCUCGGCAGGGGCACCGUCCAGCACUGCUGUUGAAUUCGCCACUCAGUACGCCCAGUGUGCCUUUGCUUUGGCUUUGAAGCACAGCCAAGACCAAGAGCAGUACGAUGCCAUGACGAAGUUGGCUGAGGACGCGAAGAAGCAGCAUGAAGCCGAGCUGGAGAAGGAGGCAGCGAAGGAGGCAGUGAAGAAGGCCGAGAUGGAGGAUAUCAUCCGCCUUCGAGUCAAGGCUGAGAUGGAGAAGGCCAGGGCUUCAGAAGCUACUGCUGUGGCUGCCAAGAACUCAAGCGCCCCCGAGCAGGAGCCAAAGAAGGAAACGAACGCAGUUCAAGCUAAGGCCAGGCCAUCCUUGAGGAUGAUGGGCACAUAUGAUGUUCCAGGCGGUCGCUUGGAGGUCUUCAGCCGCCUGAAGCCAGUGAAGGCCGAGACAAGGUCUGACGUGGCCGCCAGUGACGGUGAUGCUGGUUCCAGCAAACCACCCGUGCUGCUGCUCAAGGCAGCAGCGAAGAUAAGCAAUCGAGAACGGGAGAAGAUGGAGUUCGGUGUUAAGAGGGCCAAGGGUGGAAAGGAUCGAGACCACCGCUGGUACUGA